AUGAAGUUCUUCGUUCUUUGCUUCGCUUUGGCUUCAUCGCUGGUGGCUGCGAUUCCAAGAUCGCAUCGCAUCCAAGACCCAAUUGAUCGCGAAAUUUCCUUGGAGCCACUUCUCAAUACUAAAACUGCAUUUAAUCGUGCUGCAUUGGACUACUAUAUUUCAAUUCUCAACGAUUACAGAGUUUCUGCUCCUCGUCCACAAGUAGCCAACCAGAUUGCCAGAGUUAUUUCUGACUUCAAGACAGCUUAUAACACAGCUCCCACAGCAGUCAAGAACGAUAUUGCCAAGACAUGGCCUGAAGCCUAUAAUCUGCUCGAAUCAAAUUUCGCUACCAACUUCGCUGCCGCGGCCAAGAAAUUCGCAGAUGGUGGUCUAUCCAUGGACAUUCGAAUUCUGACCGCUGACGCUGACUAUCCACCAAGAGCACCAAAGAUCAAAAUCAACCGUGAAAGCCUUUUCGACAAUGAUGCGGAUCUCGAGUAG